GACACUGCCCGGUGUCCCCCCAGAUGCCAGUGAGCCUCUCCACGGCCCUGCGCGUCAUCGGGACCAGCCUCUUCGCCUUGGCGGUGCUGGGGGGCAUCCUCGCCGCCUACGUCACCGGGUACCAGUUCAUCCACACGGAGAAGCACUACCUCUCCUUCGGGCUCUACGGGGCCAUCCUGGGGCUGCACCUCUUCAUCCAGAGCCUCUUUGCCUUCCUGGAGCACCGGCGCAUGCGGGGCGAGGGGCGGCCGGUGCGGCUGGGGCGCUCGGUAGCCCUCUGCAUCGCCGCCUACCAGGAGGAUCCCGACUACCUGAAGAAGUGCCUGCGCUCCGUCAAGCGCAUUGCCUUCCCCGACCUCAAAGUGGUGAUGGUGGUGGACGGGAACGGCCCCGACGACACCUACAUGCUGGACAUCUUCCACGACGUGAUGGGCUCUGAGGGCUCAGGCAGCUAUGUCUGGAGGAGCAACUUCCACGCACGAGGCGAGGGAGAGACGGAGGCUGGGCUGCGGGAAGGGCUGGCCCGUGUCCAGGCGCUGGUGCGCGGCAACACCUACUCCUGCAUCCUCCAGAAGUGGGGCGGGAAGCGGGAGGUGAUGUACACGGCCUUCCGGGCGCUUGGAGACUCCGUGGACUACAUCCAGGUGUGUGACUCAGACACGGUGCUGGACCCCGCCUGCACUGCCGAGAUGCUCCGCAUCCUGGAGGCUGACCCCCGCGUCGGCGGCGUCGGCGGCGACGUCCAGAUCCUGAACAAGUACGACUCGUGGAUCUCCUUCCUGAGCAGCGUGCGGUACUGGAUGGCCUUCAACGUGGAGCGCGCCUGCCAGUCCUACUUCGGCUGCGUGCAGUGCAUCAGCGGGCCCCUGGGCAUGUACCGCAACGCCCUGCUGCAGCAGUUCCUCGAGGACUGGUACCACCAGACCUUCCUGGGCAGCAAGUGCAGCUUCGGGGACGACCGGCACCUCACCAACCGCGUGCUCAGCCUGGGCUACCAGACCAAGUACACGGCUCGCUCCAAGUGCCUGACGGAGACGCCCACCCGCUACCUGCGCUGGCUCAACCAGCAAACCCGCUGGAGCAAAUCCUACUUCCGCGAGUGGCUCUACAAUGCCCUGUGGUUCCACAAGCACCACCUCUGGAUGACCUACGAGUCCGUGGUGACCGGCUUCUUCCCCUUCUUCCUCAUCGCGACCGUCAUCCAGCUCUUCUACCGUGGCCGCAUCUGGAACAUCCUCCUCUUCCUGCUGACGGUGCAGCUGGUGGGGAUCAUCAAGGCCACCUACGCCUGCUUCCUGCGCGGCAACGCCGAGAUGAUCUUCAUGUCCCUCUACGCCCUCCUCUACAUGUCCAGCCUGCUGCCCGCCAAGAUGUUCGCCAUCGCCACCAUCAACAAGUCCGGCUGGGGCACCUCGGGGCGCCGGACCAUCGUGGUUAACUUCGUGGGGCUGCUGCCGGUGUCGGUGUGGGUGGCGGUGCUGCUAGGCGGGCUGGCCUACACCGCCUACAGCCAGGACCUCUUCAGCGAGACCGAGGUGGCCUUCCUUAUCUCGGGUGCCAUCCUCUACGCCUGCUACUGGGUGGCCCUCCUCACCCUCUACCUGGCCAUCGUUGCCCGGCGCUGCGGCAAGCGGCAGGAGCAGUGCGGGCUGGCCUUUGCCGAGGUCUGACAGCGGAAAAUGCUGGGGUGGCCCCGUGUGCCGGGGACGGCGCGACUGCAACUGGUCCCCUCCUUGCCCACCAUCAACCCCGGCGCGGCUGGCACCGAGCUGUCGGGUGCUGGGCAGCGCUGAGCGCGCCCACCACGACAUUUCUGAUCAAGUCUUGCUUUUUUGUUGUUGUUUUGGGUUUUUUUCCUUAUUAUAUUCAUUUUUCUGUACAAAGCUUGCAGGGAGAGGCCAAGCUGGGGCUGCCCGUGACCGGGCUGGCACAGCCUCAGUGCUGCAGGGGGUGAUGGCAGCAUCAUCCCCAAGCUGGUGCUGUGCGGAGCAUCCCCAUGUGCUCUGCGGAGUGCUGCUGGCCGGGCUCCCCCCACCCCACUGCCACGGUGGGGCCCUCCACCCUUUGGUGCUUUCCAUGGGGACCUCGUGGUCCCCCUCCCACGGUGCUAUGGCAGAACGGCCCCAGGCGGCACCGUCUCCCCCGGC